AUGGAGGGAGUAUCACCUUUGCUCUACAUCACCAGCUGCUCAGACUUGUUCACUGCUCUGCACAACACGCUCCGGGCUGGAAGGAUGGAGCUUUUCUUCCUCCACUACCCCUUUACCUGUCUGCUCAUUGCCUUUCUAGUCCUCUACCAGGUGAAACCUGCAUUCAGAUUCUUCUGCAAGAUGACUUUCUAUAAGUUGUGGCUCUUCACCAUAAGCAUUGGGGUUGCCAUCCUCAGUAUUCCUCGUGGACGUAACGUGGACAACAUGAUGUUUUUGCGCACAUUGACCCGGCCACUCAAACACAUCUUUGGCAUUCACAUAGUGGUGAAGGGCAAGGAGAACCUCAGGACUAAGAAACCUUUUGUCCUGGUGUUGAAUCACCAGACCUCCCUUGACAUCCUGGUGAUGAUGGAGAUAUUGCCAAAGCGCUGUGUGCCCAUUGCAAAGAAGGAGAUCCUGUACAUGGGCACAUUCGGCCUGGCCUGCUGGCUCGCAGGGGUCAUCUUCAUUGACCGCAAGAGGAGUGAAAAGUCCAUUGCCACCCUGACAGAGGUGGCACACUCCCUGCACAAGGACAACCUGCGUGUCUUGAUCUUCCCUGAAGGAACUCGCAACCAUGGUGGCUCCAUGUUGCCCUUCAAAGGUGGGGCCUUCCAGCUGGCUGUGAAAGCCCAGGUGCCCAUUAUUCCUGUAGUGUUCUCUUCCUACAACAGCUUCUACAACCAGAAGGAGAAGAAGUUUACACCAGGAAAUAUGAUCAUCCAGAUCCUGCCAGAAGUGGAGACGGUGGGCCUGGGCCCAGAUGAUGUUCCCAAGCUGACAGAACAGGUCCGUGACUCCAUGCUCUCCUCCUACCAAGGGAUAUCGGGAAUGACGAAUGGAGCUUCCCAUUAG